UUCUAGAGAUGGACUUGGGCAGGAGGAACCCCCAAGCCAACGUGCUCAGCCCUUGUUUUCCCCCCAUCAGGAUUUGUCCUUCCCAAAGCUUGGGGGGAUGGAGGAGGAGGCUGCGAGGAAGAGGAAGAUGCCUUGGGCCCCCCAGGCAGGUGAGGAGGAAGUCAGUGUCCCUUUGGGCGGGUGUUGUGCUGGCUCUGUCAGCCGAGCAUGGCCCCGGCUGCAGGACAACCCCGCUGGCGCCGCCGUCCUGCCGGGGCCAGAGUUGGGGGGAUGUCCUUGGCCUUCCCUGUGGGCCGGAGGCAAAUCCCCUGCCUGUCCUUCUUGCUUCCUGCCCCAGGCCCCGAGCUGAGGACGGAGAGCCCGGAGGACAAAUCCCCCCGUGAGACCCUGGUGGGAGAGGCCGUUUUGAAGGGCUCCACGGCGCAGGAAGGCAGCGGGGAGGAAAAGGGCCGGAGAUCCCCCCACAGGAGGGGCUGCAAAGCCAUCCCAGGGUGCUCUGAGGAGGAAAGAGCCAGCCUGUGCUGGGAAGGCGGCCGGAGCUUGAGGGGGAGCUCCGACCUGGUGGUCCCUGAGCAGCCUCCCAGCAGAGAGAAGCCCUUCAAAUGCUUGGAAUGUGGGAAGAGCUUCAGGGAGAGCACCAACCUGCUCCGACACCAGCACAUCCACACUGGUGAACGUCCCUACACGUGUGGGGAAUGUGGGAAGAGCUUCCGGCAGAGCUCCAACCUCCUCACCCACCAGCACAUCCACACUGGGAAACGUCCCUACACGUGUGGGCAAUGUGGGAAGAGCUUCAGUGACAGCUCCACCCUCCACACCCACCAACGCAUCCAUACCGGGGAACGACCCUACACGUGUGGGGAAUGUGGGAAGAGCUUCAGUGACAACUCCACCCUCCACUCCCACCGUCGCAUCCACACUGGGGAACGGCCCUACAAGUGCUUGGAAUGUGGGAAGAGCUUCAGGAAGAGCUCCCACCUCCUCAGCCACCAGCACAUCCACACUGGAGAACGUCCAUACGUAUGUGGGGAAUGUGGAAUGUGCUUCAGGCAGAGCUCCCACCUGAUCGGACACCAGCGCAUCCACACCAGGGAACAGCCCAGGAAAGGGAUGCUUCCUGCCCCAGGCCCUGAGCUGAGGACGGAGAGCCUGGAGGACAAAUCCCCCUGGCAGACCCUGGUGGGAGAGGCCGUUUUGAAGGGCUCCACGGCGCAGGAAGGCAGCGGGGAGGAAAUGGGCCAGAGAUCCCCCCACAGGAGGGGCUGCAAAGCCAUCCCAGGGUGCUCUGAGGAGGAAAGAGCCAGCCUGUGCCGGGAAGGCGGCCGGAGCUUGAGCCAGACCUCUGACCUUGUGGUCCCUGAGCAGCCUCCCAGCAGGGAUAAGCCCUACAAGUGCUUGGAAUGUGGGAAGAGCUUUAGAAAGAGCUCCAACCUCCUCACCCACCAGCACAUCCACUCUGGGGAACGUCCCUACACGUGUAGGGUAUGUGGGAAGAACUUCAGGGACAGCUCCAGCCUGAUCCGACACCAGCGCAUCCACACUGGGGAACGGCCCUACACGUGUGGGGAAUGUGGGAAUAAUUUCAGGGACAGCUCCGACCUGAUCCGACACCAGCGCAUCCACACUGGGGAACAGCCCUACAUGUGCUUGGAAUGUGGGAAGAGGUUUCAGACCAGCUCCAAUCUCCUCGUGCACCAGCGGACGCACACGGAUGAGAGGCCCUUCCGCUGCACCGACUGCGGGAAGGGCUUCAACCGGAACUCCCACCUCGUCACCCACCGGCGCAUCCACACCGGAGAGAGGCCCUACAAGUGUGGGGAGUGUGGGAAGAGCUUCACCCACAGCUCUACCUUGACCAAACACCAACGGACCCACCAAUAAGGGAAGCCCUACCAGUGCCCCGACUGCAGGAAGAGCCUCAGCCACUCCUUCCACCCCAAUUGAAACCCCUGAUCAUGAGGCAACCCCUGGAGUCCAGUGACUGUCAGUCCAUCCCUUUUGACCAGAAAGGGCCAGUCCCCUUUCACAAGGGCAGCUUCUUCCAACAGAACCCUUUCUGUGUGGGGGGUGUGUGUGGAGAUUCCUACCUUGGCUGGGGACCCCCCAGGGUCACUGUUGGAGGUUGAGAGCAGAGAUCUCCCCACGAGCAUUGGUCUGGGGGAGUUCCAU